CUUUACAUGCUGUGAAUGUGAGCUGUUUACGUUAAAACAUUGGUCGAAACCACGACGGAAUGACGAAGUUAGCGUUAAACAGUGAGCGUUGAUUUGAAAAUUUGUUGCUACUUAACUCGUCACAAAAGUAUGCAGUGGUCACUAUACCAUAAGAUUUAAUGCAGAUUUGAGGUGAAAGAAACUGAAGUAAUUUCAAAUUUUCGUUAUAGAGUUAAAAGAUUUUCUCUGCUAUUUGAUUUUAUUGUCGUUCCUUCAGCACUAACGUUUGUCAUGCGUGUUUGAAUAUAUUUGAAUAUUAUUGAUUAUAAAUUUUGAACUUCAUUUUGUGUAGUAGGCAAAGUAAAGAAACGUGUUUACAUGACAUGUCAAUAAGUCAUUGACCGAAAGUGGGCCCGAAAAUUAUGACGCUUAGCCUCUUGGCUUGAGUGGGAAGUAGAAAGUUUUCAAAUUUGCAGUCUGCGUCUGAACCAACAAGCAACAACAUUUUUUUUUUGGUGUUACCAGAAUUGUGCCAGUGUGCUUAAAAUAAUUGCAACAAAAGGCUCUGGGAUGUCCGCCAGACUCCUCUUCCUGCUGUGGCUAACGUUGGCAGCCCCAGAAUGUGGCGGCGCGUCCAUCCUGGGGUGGCUACUCCCGUCCUGGGCCGGGGGAGGCGGCGAGGCUGACGGAAGCGGUUCUGCCCGGCCGGCCUCGGCAUCGGGAGUCGACGUGCCCGAGGUCCACUUCGAGACGAAGAGUGUCGAGGACAAGUUCAUCGACGCCGUGCAGCGCUACGAGGGGCGCGUCUCUGAGCUGGACGCGUGUCAGCACAAGGUGGUGCUCAAGAUUCAGAAGUCCUGUUCAAACCUGUCCGAGGAGGACCUGGCGAAGCUGAGUGUGAACCUGCUGAACUGCCAGGCGUCCGUGGAGGGCCGGCAGCAGUUCCCGUGCACCGACCAGAUGAGUAUACGGGAUUGCACUCAGCGUAUGGAUGCGGACAUGUGGAACGCCUACCACCUGAUGAACAACCGCGCACGGUCGGUCUGCUACGCGGCACGCCAGCAGCAGUUCCGGGCCGCUGCCGAGAUGACGGUCGACCGACUUUUCGAGGCGACGCGCCAGCAAGUCUCCGCCAUGGACUCCCUGAAGAGUGAGCAGGAGCGGCUGGGCCAGCUGACGGAGGGCACGCUGGAGCGGCAGGAGGCGCUGCUGCAGCAGCAGCGCGGCCUCCGCCAGUUCGUGGGCAGCAACCUGCGCGACCUGCUGCGCGAGAAGCAGCUCAUCGCCGCCGGCCACCGCGAGCUCGCCCGCAUGACUGAGGACGUCCGGCACAGGCUCGAUGCGGCCAAUGAGCAGCUGGACUCUCAGACGGCGGAGCAGCGCGCCAACCACGAGCAGCUGCUGGCUGACCUGACCACCAUCCAGCGCCAGGCGGCCGAGGUCUGGGCCCAAGUCGAGCGGAGCACGCGUGAGGUGCUGGACUACCAGCGGUCGGCGGCACGUCAGUACCGGCACUCGCUGGAGCGGCUGCGCAAGAUCAACGAGACGGUGGACUACUUGCUGCGACUGGUGGAGAACACGCGCUCCGAGCUGGACACCCGACUCGGCUGGGUCACCCGCCUUGCUGGGGAUGCAGGCGACGGUGUGGAGCGGCUGGUGUGCGCCGGACGGCACCUCCUGGUGCUGCUGGGAGGCGCGCUGGUGGCCGCUUUUGUGGGCGCGCCACCCGCCUGCCGCGUGGCGCUCGCAGUACUGGUGCCCGCCAACAUCGCCACCGUCCUGCAGAAGGGCCCCGGCACCGCCCUCGACGUCUCGGCGGAGGUCGCUAUCGUCGGCCUCGUCGCAGUCGUGCAGUGGGCGUACAGCACGUAUUGGGCCCGCCAGAAGCAGCUGACAUUGGCGUCCGGUGCGCCCCUCUCCCCGCCACUGUUUGGGGGCCGGCACGGCACUCCGGCGCCAGCUCGUGACGCGCACCUGCGGUACGGUCGGACGCCUCCUCCGAGUGGUGCGAGCCUGUGGGGCCGGAGCAGGUCUGCCGUCGCUGCACGGCUCACUCCCGUCUUCCGUGCCGUACUGAGACUGGUUCCCUCGUGGUUGUGGCCACGAGCCAGUACUCUGCACCUGUCACCCCCGAAGCUGACGGGGGCAGGCAGCCCCACCUUCCCUCGAGAGGGCGACGGUGGCCGCGACCGCGCAGACCCUCACAACUGCGCAGACUUCAGCGACGACGAGCUCGUCGGGGACGACGACGACGGCCUCUUCGUGAAGGACCCGCUGAGGGAGUCGACGCCUGUCACGCAUUUCAGUCGUGCCCUGGACGAGAGCAGAUCGAGCAGCCUUUCUGCGAGCCGUGAGAGCCUGCACGGGCCUGCGAGCAGGGCACCCCUCACGACGGCCCUGAGAUACCGGUCGCCCGCCUAUUCUCCACCCACGCCGUCCGUCUCAUCUCGCGGGGGGACACCCAGCAGUGGGAGCCGGCGGACGUGUGCAGCGGUGACGAGGACGGGCCUGCCGUGCCGUAACCCUGCCGGCGCUCUCUCGCCCUACUGCCACCGGCACGCCGACUCUGAUGGUGUGUCUGUGGUCGACAGCCCACUCGCCAGGAGUCGGUAGCCCGGGGAGUGUGUGCCGUCAUUCCCAGGGAGCGAUACUUCAGUAGUUGAGUGGAAUAGCGAGGCAGCUAACAAUGAAGUAUUUCUCAACUGGAGGACCCUAGAAAUUGGAGCAGUUACAUAUUCUGCAAAGGGAAAUUGCGGCGUUGAUUUAUUAACAGUUUCUGGUGCUGGUAAUAGCUUUGUGUCUGCUACCUGUGUGCAUUUCCUAACGUGCUCCGCAAUAAAAUGCAUUGUAACCCCUUA